AUAAAUGCAGAAGUUUCCCUUCAUUCCCAGCUGAGGAUCUCAGAUGUAAACACGUCGAUCCACAACAAGAGAACAAUCUGAAUAACAUUCACCAUUUCAUGAUUAUUUAACAAGUCACAUCAGUGUGUAUUAAGAAAUAGAUAAACUAGUCUGACUUAAAGUAGCUGGCUUUGUGAAGCAGACACACAGAUGGAGUUCAGCAUCGAGCACACGUGGGACAGCAAGCCUGUGGCCCACGCCCCGGUGAAGAUCCGUUUCUCUCAUGGCAACGGAGGUCUGAAGAUGGAGGUUUCUGCUCCGUUCUUCAACAAUCCAGCAGCUCCUCCUGGUCCUCCUGGUCAGCCAUUCCCUGGACUCUGGGACUAUGAAGUGGUUGAGUCGUUCUUCUUAAACAGCAGCAGUGAGCAGUAUCUGGAGGUUGAAGUCUGUCCGCACGGACAACACCUGGUUUUGCUGCUGAAUGGAAAACACAAUGCCUUCAUGCAACAGCUCCCUCUGGUGUUCACUUCCUGUAUCACAGGGAACAACUGGAAGGGUGAGGCCCUGCUGCCAUGGAGCUUUUUCCCUCCGGGGGUCAAUAAGAUGAACUCAUAUGCCAUCCAUGGCUCAGGAGCAGAGCGGCGCUAUGAGGCUCUCUAUCCCGUCCCCCCCGAGGAUCUGCUGCCUGGGCAGGGGCCAGACUUUCACCGUCUGGAGUUCUUCCAGCCUUUUAGCCUGCAGAGCAUUAUGGGACAAGACUGGGUCCAGCCUGAAUCUGACCUGUGGAAGGGAGUGAGCAAGUGAGCAGAGUGCAGUGCGUCCUUAUCAAGGACAAUCACACUAACAACCUUAACGAGGCUUUAACGAGGGUUUAAUCAGGGUUUAAUCAGGGUUCUACAGCUGCUAUCAUUAAACACGCCCAGAUUUUAUGAAUAAAGUCAGAUUUUAAUCUCA